CCUCUCCUCCAUCUCCGCCGCGCGCCGGAGUGCUCGCCACCGGCCUCCUCGCCUCCGACUGUCUCUUCCUCUUGUAUCCUAGCGGCCUCCUUGCCGCCGGGGGAGCGCAAUGAUCUCGGCGAUAUCCUGGGUGCCCAGGGGCGCCGCCAAGCUCGUCCCCGUCGAGGCGGAGCCGCCCACGCAGGAGGAGAUCGACGAGGCCAUCAAGACCAUCGCGCAGCACGCCGAAGGCGGGAGCGACGCCGACGAGGACGACGAAGGUAAUGGCGACAUGGAGGUCGACGGCGAGGCGGAGGUGGAGGAGGUAGACGAGGUCGCGCAGGCCAAGGCCGCGGCCAGGGCGCUCGCCAAGGGCUCGGUUGAUGAUGUCGCCGAUGAGCUCAAGGAGCUCAACAUGGAUAACUACGACGACGAGGAGGAAGGUAUCGAGAUUUUCAGCUCCGGCCAAGGUGACCUGUACUAUGCUAGCAAUGAUCUGGACCCUUAUCUCAACAAGAAUGAUGAUGAUGAUGAUGAUGAUGAAGAGAUUGAAGACAUGACUAUCAAACCUACUGAUCUGAUGAUCGUUUGCGCGUAUAAUGAGGAUGAUGUCAAUUCUCUUCAGGUCAAUCUACUUGAAGAAACGGAAGAUGGUGAUCUAAAUAUGUUUGUGCAUCAUGAAGUGCCUCUCGCUGAUUUUCCACUAUGCACAGCAUGGAUGGAUUUUAACCUUAAGGGUGGUGACAAAGGGAAUUUUGUGGCUGUUGGCACAAUGGAUCCUGCAAUUGAAAUUUGGGACUUGGAUAUAGUUGAUGAAGUCCAACCCCACUUGGUGCUGGGAGGACAUUCAAAAAAGAAGAAAAAAGUCAAGGGCAAAAAGGCAAAAAAAUACAAGAAGGGAAGCCAUAGAAGUUCUGUGCUUGGUCUUGCAUGGAACAAGGAGGUGAGGAAUGUUCUAGCUAGUGCAAGUGCAGACCAAACUGUUAAGAUUUGGGAUGUUGCUGUUGGCAAAUGUGCAGUCACAUUGGAACAUCACGAUGACAAGGUUCAAUCAGUUGCUUGGAGCCAACAGUCACCUGAAAUUCUUCUAAGUGGAUCAUUCGAUAAAACAGUUGCCAUGAAUGACAUGAAUGAUGGUGGACAGAGUUGUCAUAAAUGGUCUGUUGAAGCAGAUGUAGAAAGCUUAGUUUGGGAUCCACAUAAUGAGCACUCCUUUGUGGUUAGUCUUGAAAAUGGGAUGGUUCAAGCAUUUGAUAAGCGGACAGCCUCAUCAAAUUCAAAUUCUGGUCGUCCUACAUUUACCCUGCAUGCACACGAGAAAGCUGUAUCUUCCAUCACCUUCAGUCCAUCUACCCCAAAUUUUCUUGCGACAGGCUCAACUGACAAAAUGGUGAAACUAUGGGAUUUGUCAAACAACCAGCCAUCGUGCAUUGCUUCUCUGAAUCCAAAACUUGGAGCUGUUUUCUCGUUAUCAUUCUCAGACGACAAUCCUUUCUUGUUAGCCGGCGGAGGAUCAAAAGGCAAAUUAAAAGUCUGGAACACAUUAACGGAACCAGCAGUAGCUAAUAAAUUCGGGAAAUAAAUAUUUAGGAAAUUCGACAGGUUUUUGGAGGACCGAUACAAGUGAUGCUGGAAACGCAAUAGCACUAUGGCGAUCAGCAUUUGCUGGAUCAAGCAGUUUCUGGCUACGUAUGAGGAUAGAUUUCUAGUUAUGAUGUAAGCUUUCUUUCUUUUUUUUUCCCAUGUGAUGAAAGUCCAAUUUUGUUGAACAUAAUGGAAUGCAAGGUUGCAAACAUCGUCUGACAUACGAUUUUGGCGCUUGUGAAACAAAUCGUGAAGAAAUGUUUUCAGCGUAUCUCUCAACUUGCAAACUCAACUGUGUU